GAAAGCAAAUCUCGAUGUACCGAUGUUUUAUUAGACCAAAGGUUCAUUGUGCACCGGAGUUCUCCUUUAAACGGGGCACGUCGGCAACCUUUUUGUCAUGAAGUGCCAUUUUUAAGUUUCUGAGUUUAUUACUAUUAAACCUGGUCAUUGAUGCAUUUUAAACGAUCAGAUAGCUAUCAGUUUCAUUAAAACUGUUUGCAACGUAAUCGUGUCUCCACAAAACUAAUAUAAAUCUACUCGCUUUUUGCAAAUUUAACACGUUCAUGUCAAAGAAGCAAGAAGAUCAAGAUCACAGGCGAGAUAGAGAGAGGCAUCAGCAUUGGUAAGAUAAUUUAUUACUUUUAAAGAAUACUUUGCUUCAGGAUGAGACGACAGAACGACAAUCUAAACAGACGACAGAAAAUACGGUACACACGACGUAAGGGUGGAUGUUUCUCAGGUCACCUGAGGAUUUAUAAGAAAAGAUUUACUGAAGCUCAAGCCAGUAAAACUGGUUUGGUAAAUCGGUGUUCCCAAAACAAGUAUGUGAACUUAGCAUGUUUCCUAAAUCUCUGCAAACAUAUUAUAUGUUUGUGCUUAAGUACAGUAAAAAAAAAAAAAAAAAAACUCCAGUCAGUAAGGCAGAUCACAAGGAGGAAGUAAGCUAGAGAAAGUCCAAAUAAGGAGAAGCUCAGAUCACAAGAAUAGUUUCUCAAAAGAAGUGGGAGCACAACACCCAGUGAGCUUAAAAAAGACCCCUAUUAAAUAAAUAAAAAAAAAUACAUGUAUUUUUAAAAGUAUACAUAUAGAAAAUACAGUGAGGCAAAAGAAAAAAAGACACAGCUGUGCACUGACCAUUUCUUAAAAUAAAAUCACAUGAUCUAUCACAGGAGUUUUUAAGCAGCACUUGUCCUCUCUGAAAGAGGAAGUAUAUGUGGGCUUCAGCUUCAGUUAUCUGAUCUGAUCUGCCUCACCUCACCUCUUUCACCCCUCUCUCUCUCUGUGUCUAGAAGGUAAACAGGCCAUGAUAUAAGGCAAAGUUGAAGAUAAAAGAAUGCUUACUGGCACUGCAGAGAAAACAACACAGGCUCUUUUAAGAAAAGUUUGAGACAAUUUUUGCAUAUGCUGAGAAAUCAUGAGCUUUAAAGUAUUUUCCGUACGAAGUUAAUGGUGACCUAUGUAUAUCCCACAUUUGUGAUGCAUGUGUAAAAAACAUGGGACAUUAAGUUUAAAUAAGCUGAUCUAAUGUCCUAAAACUAUACCACCUGUACCAAAUGCCCUGGAAAAAAACUUGUAGCCUACUCCCCUGUUGACUUUGUUUGUUUUGUCAGUUGAUUGGACUUUUUAUGUUUAUGUUUGACUUUAAUCUUCUGUCCAAUAAAUUGGUAUGAAAUUUACAUGAGAUUGAGGUGAGAUUUAAUUUUUGGCUUCUGAAAAAAAAUCUGAUAGUGUAGGUUGACAAGUGCAGCGUUUGGUCUGCACUCACACACACAGCGAAGGGCUAGUGGUUUAUAUAAAAAAAGAGGUUAGAAACCAAAGGCAGUAAGAUCUUCCUUUGUUGAGCUCUUGAAGGGGCUUGUGUCAUUCUAGCACCACUUUGAGCAGUUGAGCUCAGUUUUACAGAUGCAAGGACAGGCUAUAAGACAAUGACGAAGAGCAGAACAAAAGACAUACAGUAUAGGCUACAACGUGACUUUUAGUUUUUGCAAUAUGCAUUUUUGGCUAGACCACUUAAAUAAGGUUUACUGAGUGUUUCAGACAAAACGACCAACUUCUUCUUGACAAGAAGGUGCUAUAUCACCCCACCUGGAUCGACACCAUCUGUCUGUUGCAAUGGAAUUUAUUCACCUUCUAACGCUCUUCAUGACAACUCUCUCCAGUACAGCUUCCAGAAGCCGUGUGUUUGUACAGACGGGGGACUCUGUUAUACUGGACAUACAAAAUAAAGCACUGCCACAGUGCCACAGAUUUGUCUGGACAAAUGAUAAAUCAAAAAAUGUAGUCAGAUUUGUAAAUCAAUCUGGAAAUGCAACACCUCACAGUUUAUAUAAGGACAGAGUGGAUUUUAACAUGGAAACCUUCUCUCUAUCACUGAAGAACAUGCAGAAGACCGACAGUGGACUCUACACAGCAAAAACAAUCGGAGAAAAAGAAACAAUUGUUGCUGAACACAAUGUGUCAGUUAUAGAUCCAGUGGAAUCUCCUGUUCUGAACUGGAACGCCACCAUGAUCAGUGUUAACUCCUGUAUUGCGAAUGUCUCAUGUAAUGGUUAUGUCCUUACACUCAGCACCAGCUACCACAGCAACAACUGCAGUCAAGCGCAAGUGACAUCCUCUGAAAUGCUGACUCUAACCCUGCAUUGUAUAGAGAACAUAGUUGUUUGUAACUAUAGCAACCCAGUCAGCUGGAAGAAUGACACCAUAGAGAUCAACCAACUUUGUACACCACAUGAGCUCAACUCAACAGCGAAUCCCAAAGAAAGCAACAGUUCUUUUCCUCUCCAUUGGCUCUUGAUCAUCGCUGUUGUUCCACUGUUGGUUUUUGCUGCGAUAUCUGUAAUAUACUGCUCUUACAAGAAGCUUAAAAAAGGGGCCCACGAAGAGAACAAUCAAACGAUCUAUGCACAAGUUCAGCCAAAGAUUAAAGAGCAAAGACCUUUGGAGAUGUUGGAGAAAUCAGCGAAUCCUGAAACUGUGUAUGGGGUUACAGGAGAACACAAACAUACUCACAAUACCAGUCAGAACAGGCCUAGUCCUGAGAUACGGGCAGAGGUGCAAACAGAAAAUCCCCCCAGCACCACCUACAGUACAAUAGGACAACACCAAAAAACAUCACUUCCUAAUGAAACAGACAAUACAAUUUAUUCAGUAGUGCGUAAAUCCUCAAAAGGGAGACAACUUGGUCAUUCAUAAAUGAGGAUGAAUAUAAAUAUGUGGCGGUAAACAGUAGAUGCUGUGUUCAAUAGAUCUUAAUGCACAAGCAUGGAAGUCAGUGAUGCUUGUUGUAUUGCCUGAUUGUCAUUAUAGGGUUUGUUUCAUUAACUGUGUUCUGAAUUAUUAUACAGCUCAUAAUAUGAAUUGGAUUUAUAUAAUCAUGUCUCUUCAAUCUCUCUCUUCAUAUAUUAAAGGAGUGCAAAACAAAUAACAAAUGUGAUUUAAGCACUAUUAACAGUAUUUCUUUCAUUCACAAUAUUUUCUCUCUCUU